UAUGUGCGAGGAUAAAGUGCAUCAGUGCGGGGACAGCCAGCCUAGGGGGCACUUCCGAGCAGGCGGAGAGAAACGAGAAACAAAGAGAAGGGAGGACAUGAGCGAAGGCGAAGGGAGGGAGCAGGGGAUCAGCUGAGUUCAAUCCCGCCAGGAAAGCUCUUCCCGUCCGGCACAUCCCCGAGAGGCGCAGGGACGGCUUCUCCCCCCUCCUCUCCCACUCUGGUCAAGAAGACAAAGAAUCGAGCGGCCCCAUGGGGAAAGGGGGUGAGCAAGGGGGGGACUCGGGGGAGCCGGCGGCGCAGAUCCGCUUCUACACCUGGGAGGAGAUCCAGAAGCACAACCUGAGGACGGACAAGUGGCUGGUGAUAGAGCGAAAGGUUUAUAAUGUCACCAAGUGGGCAAACAGGCACCCGGGGGGCCAGCGAGUCAUCAGCCACUGCGCCGGCGAAGAUGCCACGGAUGCAUUCAAAGCCUUCCACAUCAAUCCCACCUUGGUGCAGAAGUUUCUCAAGCCCCUGCUUAUUGGAGAACUCGCUCCAGGGGAGCCCAGCCAGGACCGAGACAAAAAUUCCCAGCUGGUGGAGGAUUUCCGGACCCUGCGGAAGACAGCAGAGGACAUGAACCUGUUCCGAGCCAGCCCCUUGUUCUUCUCCUGUUACCUGGGCCACAUCAUUGUCAUGGAAGUUUUGGCUUGGCUCAUGAUUUCCUACUUUGGGACCGGCUGGAUCACAACCCUCAUCCUUGCCUGCCUCCUUACAACUUCCCAGGCCCAGGCAGGGUGGCUGCAACAUGAUUUUGGACACCUCUCUGUCUUCAAGAAGUCUUCCUGGAACCACAUCGUGCACAAGUUUGUCAUUGGGCACCUGAAGGGAGCCUCUGCAAACUGGUGGAACCACCGCCACUUCCAGCACCACGCCAAGCCCAACAUCUUCCGGAAGGACCCAGAUGUGAACAUGCUGCACAUUUUUGUCCUGGGAGACACACAGCCCGUUGAGUAUGGCAAGAAGAAGCUGAAGUACCUGCCUUACAACCACCAGCACGAAUACUUCUUCUUCAUCUUCCCACCUCUGCUCAUCCCUGUGUAUUUCCAAAUCCAAAUCAUCUCGACCAUGAUCAAGCACAGGUUCUGGGCGGACCUGGCCUGGGCCAUCAGCUACUACCUGCGCUACUUCAUCACCUACAUCCCAUUCUACGGCGUCCUGGGAUCCCUGUGCCUCCUCACGUUUGUCAGGUUUCUGGAGAGUCACUGGUUCGUGUGGGUCACCCAGAUGAAUCACAUUCCAAUGGAAAUUGAUUCUGAGAAGCACAGAGACUGGCUGAGCUCCCAGAUGGCAGCAACCUGCAACAUUGAGCAGUCCUUUUUCAACGACUGGUUCACCGGGCACCUGAACUUCCAGAUCGAGCAUCACCUGUUUCCAACAAUGCCACGGCACAACUUCUGGAAGGUGAAGCCUUUGGUGAAGUCAUUAUGUGCCAAGUAUGGAGUCCACUAUGAGGAGAAGCCUCUCGGGAAAGCGUUCGUAGACAUCGUUGGGUCCCUCAAGAAAUCUGGAGAUCUCUGGCUGGAUGCUUAUCUCCAUAAGUGAUCAUGAAUCUUUCUGGGGAGGUGUGAGUGACCGGGAGGG